AUGAGUCUUGUUCAAGCUCAAAUGAUUGAAAUGACCAAUUCUAUGAAUAGAGCCGAAGUUGAACGCAUGGAACAAGUUGAUUCCUAUGCAAGGUCAAUUCAAGCCAUGGAAGAAGGGGAAAGUAUCUCAAGAGGUGGUAGUUCAAGAGGUGGUGCUUCUAGAGGCACCAGAUCGAAGAGAAAAGUAGUUAAUGAAGGAAGUUGCAGACCAGCUAAAAGAGGUGAAGGUCGUGGUGGCGACCGAGGUGGUGGAAGUGGUGGUCGUGCUUCCAUCACUCGUUUUCAUGAUCUUCUAACUGGAAACUCUCUACUUAAAGGAAAUGUUGAUCCCAACGUGAAAAGGGAAGGACCUAAUCAAACAAUAAUUUUUUUUUUUCUUAAAUUGGGUGCAGUAACUGUGAAUGGCUUGGUAUGCAAGGAUCCGAAGCUAGUCCAAGCCGAUGAUUUCUUAUACAAGGGGCUAAACAUUCCAGGAAACACCUCGAAUCCAAAUGGUUCUAAAGUGACUCUAAUCAAUGUUUUUCAACUUCCUGGUCUCAAUACUCUCGGAAUAUCCAUGGCGCGUGUGGAUUAUGCCCCAUGGGGACUCAAUCCGCCGCACACUCACCCACGGGCCACAGAGAUCUUCACCGUCGUUGAAGGGACUAUAUAUGCUGGAUUCGUUACUUCCAAUCCAGAGAAUCGUCUAAUCUCUAAAGUCCUUCACAAAGGCGAUGUUUUCGUUUUUCCCAUUGGUCUUAUCCAUUUCCAACACAACAUUGGGCAUGGGAGAGCACGUGCGAUUUCUUCGUUGAGCAGCCAGAAUCCUGGAAUUGUAACUAUCGCAAAUACUGUUUUUGGAUCGAAUCCUUCCAUUGCAGACGAUAUUCUUGCUAAGGCGUUUCAGACUGAGAAGAGUAUAAUUGAUCAAAUUCAAUCAAAAUUUUAG